AUGGCUGGAGCGCAGCCUGCCUGCUUUGCCGUGGAAUUCAACUGCUAUAAAGUGGGGAUAUCGGGAACAAUAGACGAAGUGGUGGCAGAAUGGAGCAGAUUCGACCACACUACCGUCGUUAAAAUGCACAUUGUGCACUGUCCGGCCCUUGAAGUCCCCGAAAUGUUUCAAGAGUUCACUCGUCUGCGCGAAAUAUGGGUCUAUAACUCAACCGUGAGAGACUGGGGGCCUGAAGCGAGUUUCACGAAUUCUUGCCACCCCCAUUUGACGGUACUCUCGCUGGUGCGCACGAAUAUGACCGACAUGUUGCUCCCACUUGACUUCCAGGACGAAGAUUUUCCCGCCAAUCUCUCUCUAUCGUACUUCUGCGAGACGAAUUUACGGACGCUUCCGGACGAUCUGGACGAGAAAUGGAAUCUGAAUUCCAACAUUUACAUUGAGAACAGUGAAUUGACGACGGUGCCUCUGUCACUAGUACGACUUCAGCCGUACUAUUUGUCUCUAGCAGGCAAUCCGAUACGAGAGCUCCCACCAGAGCUGUUUGAAACCCCCGAGAUCCAGUACCUCAUUGUUAGUUCUUUGAACGUGGAAGAGCUCCCCCGCAAUGUGACGCAACCACCCCCACGCCCUGCGUUUUACGACUUCUCUCAUACGAAUAUUGCCUUCUUUUGGUCUUGGAUGGACUUGUUUGUUGAGAAUGCGAGAGGGAUAGCGCCGCGGAUUGUCGCCAACGCCAUUCCGUACUGCUCAGACCUGGACAAAAUCUUUAGCGGCAUUCUCGCGGAUUUCAGUACUCCCUUCCAGAGCGAGUACUCUAAAUUGCUGAUGAACGCGUCCAAGACCAAUUGGGACUUUCUUCGCCAGGCUGUAGAUUGCACCCCGCGUGCGGCCUCAACGCAAUUUCCACUUGAAUUCUGGGACAAUUUGUACGGGAUGCUGUAG